UCAGGCAUCCAUAAAGUGGCUGGUAGUGCCACUCUGUGUUGUAGGGGAAGAAUUUCACUGGUUGGGACUGGUGGGUGAGCUGUAACUCCCCGUAGGCUGCCGCUACAGAGCACCAUGAAUUCUCCUCUCCUGCUUCCCAGCUUGCUGUCUGAUGAGGAAAAACCUGUGGUUGUCUUGUGGGGGCAAGAACAUCCCCACGUGCUCAGCUGUGUUUCUCUAGGCUGUGAGCUGAAUGCCAGCACCAGGAAAUAUAUCGUGAAGGAAGAGGAUGACUUCUUGGAGCACCUGGUCUCACUGAAAACAAUCUGUCUCGGGGCAGAGGCCAAAGACGAGCUUAACGUGGUGGCUGUAGCAGCAAAAAACACCUAUGGUGACAACACGCCAAUGCCCAUCGCAUCGCUGAAGCUCUCCGUUCUCCCCAUGGCCACUCUGGACGGCUUUGAAUUUACCCCUCCUGUGGAUUUUGUGUUAAAAUCUGGAACGGGGCCAGUCUAUCUCCACGGACAACAUGUCAUUUUGAAAGAUCAUGAAGAAUAUGAGGCACCUUGUGAGGGACUGGAGAAUGAGGAAGAAGAGACAGAAGCAGAGAUGGAAGAGAAGGAGAAGAGUGUAGUGGAAGAAGAGGGGGCAGCAUCCGGCUGAAUCUGUCUAGCCCCGAGCGACAGGGUCUGUGGCCUGCGAGACUAUUACUGGGAAGUUUGGAAACAGCGCUGUGCUGCUCUGAGAUGAUUAAACUCUGCUGUGUGUCGUCCUCCCUUCCUGCAGCCUCUUCAUUUAUCACCAGUGACCUCC